AUGUGGAUGAAGGAGGAUAUCUCAAACUGUACCUCUACCUCAAACUCUACCUCUCCUUCAAGCUCCACCCCUACCUCUACCUCAAGCUCUAGCUCCACCUCUACAUCUACCCCAAGCUCUAGCUCCACCUCAAUCUCUUCUACUAGCUCUACCUCUAGCUUUACUUCCGCCUCUAGCUCCCCCUCUACCUCUAAAUCUGCCUCUACUUCUACCUCUGCCUCUACUUCUACCUCCACCUCUAUCUCUAGCUCCACCUCUGCCCCUACCUCUAAAUCUACCUCUACUCCCCCUCUACCUCUAAAUCUACCUCUACCUCUAACCUUUAACUCUACCUCUUCUACUAGCUCUACAUCUAACUGAAACUCUCACUCUACCUCUACUUCUACCUCAAGCACCACUUCCAACUCUACCUCUACCUCUACCUUUCCUCUUCCUCGACCAAUACUUCCUCCUCUUCUGCACCCUCUCUCUGACUCACCCUCUCCCUCCCUGCUUUUAGCUUGGCCUAUGUCCUUUUGA